GCCUACCUCGUAGGCAUAGCUAUCGAUUCCCAACCCCCAUUCGAACCACAUCCGAAACCCAAAAUUCUCAGCGCACGUUCCGGUCAGCGUUUUUGUUUCUAUAAGCCCGCGUUUACCCGCAUUGCAAUCCCGCCUGAGAGGAGGCCAUGUCGAAGGCGCAGCAACUAAUGACCAGGGACCAGUUGGCGGCCAUUGCCCAGGAGGAGGCGCGUCGCAAGCGCGCCGAGAUGCGUCGCAGCUAUGGCAACAAGUGCUCCAGCAUAAAUCUGAGCAGGAUGCGCCAGAAGCUGGGCACCAGUGGGGAUUCCGUUGGCGCCAAAGCUGCGGUAACGAAAGCUGCUCCCUUGGAAACGAAGACCACCUCUUCGCAGUCGCCACCGCCGCUGCCCAAGGAGAAGGAUUUGUCAUUGCGUCGCAUCGCCUCGAGUUUUGCCCAUGUUCGUGAUUUGGUCAAUGGGAAUUGUGCCGCCUUGCCGCUGGAGGACAGCGAGGAAGAUGCUCGGGAGGAGCGUGCCGAGGUUCUGAUCAACAGUCAGACAAUGCCUCUGCCACCGGACAAUGCCAGUGACCCCCCAGAGGAGGAACCCGUUGAGCCUGUGGAGCCACCCAGCGAAACCCUUUCCCAGCUGGGCUCCAUUCAGUUGGCCAAACUAAUGCCCGAUCCCUUGCACAUCGAAUCCCGGGCCCUCGAGCGUUGGCAACAGGUGGGCAGUACGGUUUCGGCCCUCUUCCGUGCCCGACGCUACAUCGACAGUUCGGAGACCCCAGUGGCGCAGACCCGGCGACUGCGGGAGCAGCGCGAACUCCUCGAGGCCUUCACCAGACCCUUCCUCUACGAGUCCUACAAACGGGAGUAGCCAAACAGAGGCCACCUGACCCACAUCAGAGCCAUCCCCGAACCAUUGAAAUUCAAACAAGUCAGCUCAUAUGUUGUCGAUUAAAUUCAAUUCAUUAGAACUGUCGCAUCGGUA